AUGUCCAGAAGCGGCCACAGCUCCAACAACGGGGACACCCCCCCACGCCGUCUCUCCCCAGGAAACAUGAACGGCUUCUCCGUCCUAGACGCAUACUGGCACAUGAAUCAGAGCGCCGCUCGCAACAACGCAGCUUUUACCGGCAACGCCAACAAUGGCGCAGGGUUCUCCGGCCCAACCUACGGCGGAGGUCCUAGCAUCAACGGUGGUUCAAACAACAUCCCCUUUCGCCCUUCGCCCAACGGUAUGAAUGGAGUCAACAGGAACAGACAGCAGAACCCCUUGACUCCAAUGCGUCCCGCCCCUCGCAGCCCGCCGUUCACCCACGCUGGUAUUGGCCGGGGUUCUCCUGGGCCUACCAUGAACGGUACAGGCUACGGUAGAGGCAGCCCCUCCAAUGGCGGUGGAGCAGCAUUCAUGUCUGGUGCCGCUGGUCGAGGUCCCCGUGCCAGCGAUGCGUACCGGAACACUCCCGCGGCUCCGUUUGGUGUACCGGGCGGCUAUGGUCGUGGUGGCGGUGGUUCUCCUAACCAGAACGGCAUGACCAAUGGCUAUACUAACGGCUAUCGCUCCGACGAUGAAAGUUCUAAUGGUAGCCCUACCCGUAGUCCCAACGGCCGGGGCCGUGGACGUGGGGGCGGAUACGGUGGAGGGUAUGGUCCCUAUGGGCCAUACGGCCGCGGUGGAGGUGGUGUUGGCGGCGGCCGGGGUGGUCCCCCUGGCGGCUUUUCCUACUAG